AAAAAAAAAAAAAGUUAAGUUGUCAAUGUAACGGGCCUUCCAUCAAAUCUUCUUACCUCCCCGCCGUUUGGCAUCCAAACCGGAUCUCGAUUCAGAAAGAAGCGGUGGCCGGAAAUGUUCGGCCGGAGGAGGUUUCUGUCGUUUCCACUCGUCAUCGGCGCGGUCGUGAUCGGUGUCGUAUCUGGAAAAGCUAUAUUCGGGCCGCCUCUUGAGGAGUACUGGAAGAAGAAGCUUCAGGAGGAAGCAGCUGCAAAAGAGAAAGAGAAUGAUGUAAGCUCCCCAUAGGGCAAACCAAAAGUGCAGAUGCAAUCCAUACAUUUGUUCGCGAUUCCGUUUCCACAUUACUGUUCUUGCUUCAUCUUCUUGGCCCCAAGGGACGAGCAAAUCAUUCAGUUUUUUAACUAGGAACACAAAUCUACUGCCAUAAAAAACAGUCUGUACAUAGACCAUGAGAAAAAACCUGGGAAGUUGAAUUUCUAAUUUUCUAUAAAUGUUUGUUUUUCGCCAAUCUCUUUUCUCAGAUGUGAUUGAUUGGAAACGAAAGAGAAAUAGCUGCCUAAUCGAAUGGUAUGCUUAUUAUAUUGAAGAAUCUGACGAGAUUCUCUUCCCAGGAAUCUGUGUCGGUGUGGUGAACGUUGAUACACACCAGAGCCAACAACUGCGGAGCUGCCACGCGUCAAGUGCGUACAACACCGUUCCAUAUUGACCACUCUCGGGGCACAUCAACAUAAAGCGGCUCACCGCUAUCCACGAUUCAACGUUUUCCCAUAUUUUACAUGCUGACGCCUCUUUAGACUUGAUAAACCGAAAUCCUCUCCGCCAGAAUUGCUAUUCCGGGAUGAACUAUUCCACGAGGUUAACUACAAAUUGCUAUAACCAAAUAUACCCUGUAGGUGAGGAGUCUGAUUUUUUUUUUUUUCUUUGUUAAUUCGUGUUUAAAAAGGAGUGUAACUUACCAUCACCGAGCAUCCCCUAACCCGGAGAAUAAUAGUCUGGUCUUGAUGCGAAACCAAACACAGAUUAGGAUACCCAGCCACCAUCACAAACUAAUGAAAUUUUGAAAGGUUUGGUGGGCCAUGUAUAUGCAUCACACAUGCACGUGUAUAUAUAAAACAUAUAUCUAUAGAAAACUGCUGGUGUUUCAAUUGGUGUGAACUCCUGAAACCUACAUAUUUGGCUCUCUCUCUCUCUUUCUACAAGAAAAGUUCCCAGAUCAGCACAAAAGAGUAUUAAGGCACAAUUAUAGCGUUCUCUCUCACCUAGCAAGCAGCUUAGUUUUCCCAGGUGAAUAUGAAGUAUGGGAAGCAACAGGUUUGACAUAUAUAUGCAGAAUUCUGAUUGAGAUUCAUUGCAGGAUAACUGUUAAAAGCCUCUCAAGGAAUGGAGAUAGGUUAUAAGCCUUAUAUUGAUCCCGAGGUCCAAACGCUUAUUGAGAGAAUUCACCCUCCCAGGAUUUGCAUUGACAAUGAUGCAUUCCAAGACUGCACACUUGUGAAGGUUGAUAGUGCCAAUAAGCAUGGGGUACUGCUGGAGAUGGUUCAAGUUUUGACAGAUCUUGACCUAGUGAUUUCCAAAUCAUAUAUCUGCUCUGAUGGUGGUUGGUUAAUGGAUGUAUUCCACGUGACAGACCAACUGGGAUACAAAAUUGUCGAUGAAAGCAUCAUCCAUUACAUCCAGCAGGCCCUAUGUGAAAGUAGGAGGGGGUCAAGGGAGAUCCAAACCUUUAUUGGUAGAGACGUUAGGCCCCGAUAUGUCUUGACAGAACACACAGCUUUGGAAAUGACAGGAACAGACAGGCCAGGGCUAAUGUCAGAAAUAUCAGCUGUGCUAGCUGAGAUGGGAUGCCACAUAUCUGCUGCCGUGGCAUGGACACAUAAUGCACGGGCAGCAUGCAUAGUCUACGUGGAAGAUGACUCAAAGCAUGGCCCAAUCACAGACCCCUACCGUGUGGCCCAAAUCCAGGCACAGCUGGAGAAUGUUGUUGAGGCCCAUCACUAUAACGGGGAACGCCGGAGUGUGAGGCUGUCAGACCCUGCUGCAAGCCGGACACAUACUGAGAGGCGCCUCCACCAGUUAAUGGCGGCUGAUAGGGACUAUGAGCAGUGUUGCCCCUGUCGUGAAAAUGGUAAUGAAGGAGGUGAAAAGCACAGCCAGGAAAGGUGUAAUAACAGUGAAACAAGCAUAAAAAUAGAAAACUGUAAAGAGAAGGGAUACAGUAUAGUUACAGUAUGGAGUCGAGACCGGCCCAAGUUGCUCUUUGACACUGUCUGCGCACUCACCGACAUGCAGUAUGUUGUUUUUCAUGCAUCCAUUAGCUCUCAUGAUUCCACUUCAGUUCAGGAAUAUUACGUAAGGCACAAAGAUGGAUGCACUUUGAAUUUGGAAAGUGAAAGACGCAGAGUUACCCAAUGCUUGAUUGCAGCCACAGAAAGAAGAGCCUCUCAUGGACUAAGGCUAGAUAUCUGCACUCAAAACAGGCUAGGGCUGUUAUCAGAUGUCACAAGGGUUUUCCGAGAAAAUGGAUUAUCCAUUACCAGGGCUGAGAUUGGAACACAGGGCGAGAGAGCAAUAGGCACAUUCUACGUAAAAGAUACUUCGGGGCAGAGUGUUGACCCAGAAACACUGGAAUCUGUUAGACAAGAAAUUGGAGGUACCGUUAAGGUAGUUCACAAAUCCUCAGGUAGGUUUACUAAGGCCACUUCAUCUGGCAAUAGCACAAGCAGGAGUCGUAGGAGCAGCGGGGAAGAUGGUAAGCCCGGGUUUUCGUUGGGAAGCUUGCUGUGGGCACAGCUUGAGAGACUUUCAAACAACUUCCGAGUUCCGACCCAUAAAAUCCUAAACUAGCAUACUAGUUUCUUUAUUGUUCAUUCCAUGGGAGCAGUGGGAAAGACGAGAAGCCUGGGAUUUCACUAGAAAGCUUGCUGUGGGCGCAGCUCGAGAGACUUUCAAACAACUUCAGACCCAUAAUACCCUGAACCUGCACACUAGCUUCUUUAUUGUCCAAUCAUCUGUAAACAAGAGAAUCCCGUGUAUAGAAAUUAGAAUCCUCUUCAGACUGUCUUCUCAUGCCUUUUUAGAUUGUGUAUAUAAUGAAUUAACCAACUUCUCUUAUCAUUUAACAAUUACAUCAACAUCAAUCGGUAUUUGUAGAUGCAUCAUCUGAGCUAUUCUUUAAUUGAACCCAGUUCAUGAGUC